CCCAGAUGUUUGUUAAACAACCAAUUGAAAAUGGCUACAGUUCCAAGUCGCGUUCAUCGCGCGAAAUUGAAAAAGAGAAUUGGUUAUAAAUAUCCUCAACCGUACCAGGUUGCUGUGAAGAGGGCUGGUCAAGUUUACGACAGAAUCUAUGCAAUUUUAUAUGGUGGAUGCAUUGGUGAUGCAUUGGGUCUACUCACCGAGUCAUUAUCAAAAGAGGAAGCGAAAAAGAUCUAUGGGAAAGUGUGUAAUAAACUGGAACUGGUCCACAAGAAGUUGCUGCAAGAUGCUCACCGGCGGAAGUGGGCGGUGUACGACUGGACGGAAGAGACUGACCUCAUGGUGCUGACCGCUCAGUCUCUCAUCACUAACCGGGGAAAGGUUGUGCCUGAAGAUUUAGCGAAACGUUUGAUGGAAUGGUCUGAACAUGGUUUCCCUGAACUUGCAGAUACGUCUGGUGUUGGCUUGUGCAGUUUUACUAAGAGUGUUCUUGCUCACCCACAAUUCUCUGAAAAACCACAAAAGGCUGCUGAAAUUGUGUGGAGAAACUCGCGGUGUGAACACUCGACAAACUGCGCCCUGUCACGGGCGCCGCUGAUGGGCGUUCACUACUACAACAUCCUGGGAAAGGUCAUCAAGAACUCGCUGGACGUUUGCUCUGUCACGGACGCUGACCCGAGAUGCCACGCCUCAUGUGUGGCGGUGUCUGUGGCAGUCUCGGCCAUGUUACAGAAAGACCCGAAACACCUGAAGAAGACUGGCCAGUAUGACAUAGAGUCCAUCAUAGAGGAGUCGUACUCGUACAGCAUGAGAUGUCUGCUGGGAUUACCAUAUCAAGAGGUUAAGAAGUUAAAGAACGUCCUGCACACGACAUCACUGAAAGACUUGAAUCUGGACGAACCGGGGAAGAUGAACGACACGUACAAGACGUUAGGUGCUGGGUUUUGGGCGCUCAAACAGAAGGACUUCCGAAGUGCAAUACAGGAGAUCAUUAUGGAGGGAGGUGACGCGGACGCCAAUGCGAGUCUGGCUGGCGCCAUGUUGGGCUGUAAACUCGGACUGCAGGCCAUUCCGGCCAGCUGGGUGGAGAGCCUCAUGCACAGACUGUGGCUGGACGACAUCAUAGACAGUUAUUUAAAUUUAAUGGAGAGAGGUGCAUUCAAGCCAAAGUGUGAAACUGUGGUAUGAACAACUGUUAGAUACAAAACCAACGAGCUUGUUCAAAUGAUUAUGUCAUGCAUGGACUAUACUGUUUGAUACAAAAGCAACGAGCAUGUUCAAAUGAUAAUGUCAUGCAUGGACUAUACUGUUUGAUACAAAACCAACGAGCAUGUUCAAAUGAUAAUGUCAUGCAUGGACUAUACUGUUUGAUACAAAACCAACGAGCAUGUUCAAAUGAUAAUGUCAUGCAUGGACUAUACUGUUUGAUACAAAAGCAACGAGCAUGUUCAAAUGAUAAUGUCAUGCAUGGACUAUACUGUUUGAUACAAAACCAACGAGCUUGUUCAAAUGAUAAUGUCAUGCAUGGACUAUACUGUUUGAUACAAAACCAACGAGCAUGUUCAAAUGAUAAUGUCAUGCAUGGACUAUAUUGUUUGAUACAAAACCAACGAGCAUGUUCAAAUGAUAAUGUCAUGCAUGGACUAUAUUGUUUGUAGCUUCUUCGUACACACGGUGAUAAAGCUAACAUACUCACAAUAGUAUUGUAACAGGUCGAA